AUGGCAUAUGAGGGUGCAAUGCAGAACGGCACGGAAGGAAGCAACUUCUACAUCCCCAUGUCCAACCGGACUGGGCUUGUAAGGAGUCCUUUUCUAUACCAACAGUACUACUUGGCGCCUCCAUGGCAAUACUAUUGUCUUGCUGUCUAUGUAUUCUUCCUGAUCUGUUUUGGGUUCCCCAUCAACGGUCUGACCCUGUAUGUCACAGCCACAAACAAGAAGCUCCGGCAACCCCUUAACUUCAUCCUGGUCAACUUGGCUGCAGCUGGAAUGAUAAUGGUCCUCUUUGGAUUCACCAUCACCAUCACAUCUGCUAUUAACGGCUACUUCAUCUUUGGGCCAAUGGGCUGUGCUAUUGAGGGCUUCAUGGCUACACUUGGAGGUGAGGUUGCCCUGUGGUCUCUGGUAGUGCUGGCUGUCGAGAGAUACAUUGUGGUCUGCAAGCCCAUGGGAAGCUUCACGUUCACUGCCACCCAUGCUGGUGCUGGUGUGGCAUUCACCUGGAUAGCUGCUCUGGCUUGUGCUGCUCCCCCACUUGUUGGCUGGUCCAGGUACAUCCCAGAGGGCAUGCAAUGCUCGUGUGGACCUGACUACUACACCUUAGCCGAAGGCUUCAACAAUGAAUCAUAUGUGAUCUACAUGUUCUCCUGCCACUUCAUCAUCCCAGUCUGUAUGAUCGCCUUCACUUAUGGAAGCCUGGUCCUCACAGUCAAGGCGGCUGCAGCUUCCCAGCAGGACUCAGCAUCUACCCAGAAAGCUGAGAAGGAAGUGACACGUAUGUGUGUCCUGAUGGUUUGUGGUUUCAUGAUCGCCUGGACCCCCUAUGCCAGCCUUGCUGCUUACAUCUUCUUCAACAAAGGAAUUGCCUUCAGUGCCCAGUCCAUGGCUAUACCUGCCUUCUUCUCCAAGAGCUCAGCUUUGUUCAACCCCAUUAUUUAUGUUCUGAUGAACAAACAGUUCCGUGGCUGCAUGCUGGCCACUGUAGGGAUGAAAGCAGAAGAAGAUGAGACGUCUGUGUCAACAAGCAAGACAGAAGUUUCUUCUGUGGGACCUGCAUAG